AUGGCGACUUCUAGUCAAUCCAUGUGUGAGGGAAAGAAAUCGUCAGAUGUAACGAUUAAAGAAGGAGACCAUGUGAUUUUAAAGAAAAGAAAGACAGUUCGAGUUUUCCAGAUCCGAAAGAAACGAGAUAUAUGGCUUGACAAGAUGAAGUUUACCCUUGAUGGAGCUAUUGGUCAUGUCUAUGGAUCAAACUUUGAGGUCAAGAGUGGACAGAUGCAUAAGAUACAGAAAACAUUUAAAGAAUCAGAAGUUUUAGGUUCAGAGAAAGGAACAGAUAACAGGAACUUGCAUGAUCUGGACAGCAAUCAGAAGUUAUCACGGGAAGACAUUGAGAAGAUGAAAAAAGAAGGAGCUAAAGGAGAGGAAAUCAUUGGGCAGCUUAUAGAAAACAGUACAACUUUUAAAGGAAAGACAGAGUUUGCUCAAGAGAAAUGGGUCAAAAAGAAAAAGCAAAAACAUGUGGCAGAGUUUACAGUGCUAAAACCAAACACCAGGUUAAUGUGCCAGAUGUACCAUGAAAAGUCACCAGCAAAGAUUCUUAACAUUAGAAUGGACACACUGGCACAGAUUCUGACCUAUGGAAAUGUCCAUGCCUAUACAAAUGUAGCUGUGGUGGACACAUGCUCGGGACUGGUAGUGGGGGCUGUCAUGGAAAGAUUGGGAGGGUACGGAAAAGUAAUACACUUCCACCCUGGUGACAGACCAGUAAG